AUGGAAUUGCUACCCCAAGGCAAGCAGAACACGGUGCAGGUGCUGUACGAGGACCAGCAGCGCAUCAACGAGUUCUCGAAGCUCGUGAUGCGCAAGGACGCGCUGGAGGCCGAGCUGCGCAGCCAGCGGCAGGAAAAAGAGUACGUGGACGACGCGGCGCUGGAGAUCGAGCUCGUGGACGAGGACGCGGCGCUGCAGUACAAGAUCGGCGACGUGUUUGUGCUGAUGCGGCAGGAGGAGGUGGCCGCGCAGCUGGAGCGCGACCAGGCCGCGGCGGACGCGCGCAUCCGGCAGCUGGAGGAGGAGGAGGAGCACGUGGACGCGCGCAUGCGCGCGCUGAAGCAGGUGCUGUACGCAAAGUUCGGGGACAGUAUAAACCUCGAGCGCUGA